AGCCUUGUAUCUCUGCUCCCCCUUAUCUCACUGCCCUUUCCUUCCAACUCCCAAGUGUUGAGCUGAUAGGCAGUGUAGAGAGGGGAAGCCAAACCAAUCAUCAUCAUCAUGGGUUCCUCUUCAUUACCAUCUUUCAUUCAGAUUUCCACCUUCUGUGAAAAACUCAGCACCCCUCAAAAGAAGGUUCAGUUAGGAAUAACAAAAAAUGACACAAAGUUUUCUUGCUCCUUAUCUUCUCAUCAUUCUUACAAUAUUCUUCAAAAAUCAGUUCCUUUAGCUGCUUCCAUUGCAAUUCUUCUCUGGUCAACUCCAGCACAUGCUGGAUUCAUGUCAGGAAUCUCAGGACUAGAGUCUGUACCUGGUCCUGAGCUGCCUCAGAUUGAUUUCCUCAAACGUUUUAAUGAAGAAAACCAGAAGAAAUAUGCUGAAAAUGAUGCAAGAUUUAAAGAGACUCCCCUGGUGAAGAAACUGCUUGAGCAAUCUAAGUUAAAUAAAGAGAAGAAUAGUAAAGAAAUUGAGAACAAGUACUGCUUACGAGGGGCGGAAUGGGGAGUUGGUGAUUGUUCAGCAGAGGGAAUGACUCCAGAAGCAAGGGACAAAUUCAUAGCAAUGUUGAAGGAGAAGGUUGGAGAAAAGUAAUAUGAUGCAGCUAGGGCAUAGAGAAAGGAAAAUGUUUUAGGGCUGUUGCAGAGUUUCAAAAUAUAUUGUUUUUGAAAAAGGUAAAAAGCACAGUUUUGCAUAUUGGUUGGCACCAAUUAUUGAAGAAACAAUUUUAGGCCUGUUGCGUAGUUUCAAAAUACUGUUUUUGAACUGAUUAAUUAGACGUGGAUCAUUUAUAUGCAUGGUUGUAAAAGAAAAGCACUUGUAAUAAAUUUUGUUAAUAGUUUAGAUGAUUUUAUUUUCUUUAUUUA